ACGACAAGGCUUGAUGCACUUUGAUGACGCUGUCAUUUACAGAACAGAUCAUAGCAUCACUGCGUGCCCUACGGAGGAAAGGAAUUCAAUUACGACUACAUUCGCUAUAGCCUCCAAAGGUCCCAAUACUGACGUGGAGUAAGCAUCAUCGGUUGACGGAUCCGCUGUGAUCUUCGAUACGAGUAUAUUUCCCCAGACACACGACCGAUGACCGACUGACGGGGUCGUGUGCUCAAUCAUGGAAUCUGAGAGUGCGGUGUGUUGAUAAUUUUCCAUUUUCUUCUUUCAUGCUUUCUGCCUGCGGUCCUUUUGGAUGCCCAUGAAUUCCAGGUGUUUUGAAGUACAUCACAGUCCUGCGCGACAUUUUGGAACAACCAAUUUCCUUGCCGCUGCUGCAAAGUCCUCCUACCGCACUGCCACUCGUUACAGGCCCUUCUCGCCUGCUCUCCAACGCUUUCAGGUCACGCCAUCUUCCGCGAGACCGUUUUCGAAAAUGUCUGACAAGCAAGAACCUCAUCAGUUCCAGUCCGGCGAUACAACGCACCGCAAAGAGGAUCAGUGGAAACACAGAGAGCCCUACCGCGUACAUGACAAUGCUGAAGACUUUGAGGUGAAGUGGGAGGGGAGUUGUCACUGUGGAAGAGUCACCUAUCAACUCAGCAGAGACAAGCCGUUGGCCGCAAAGUACUGCCACUGCACGACCUGCCAGAGGUUACACGGGUCACCGUUCCAGUGGGCCGCCAUCUUUCACAAGUCGGACAUCAACUUCACUCAGGGCCACCAUGAACUCGGCUGGUACGACCCGACGAACAAGGACAUCUCCCAUCACCUCCCUUGCAAAGUCUCCUGCGCGUACUGCCGAUCUCCGAUCAUGGAUGAAGGCCGAAACAUGAUUCUCCUCUUCCCACCAUUGAUCAAGGACAUCAAUACGAAGAAGGGCAGGGAAGCAUUCAAGCCGACAUGUCACAUGUUUUAUAAACAACGGGUGGCCGAGUUCCGCGGAGACGGCAUCGUCAAAUGGGCCGGGCUGGACAAUCAGUCCGACAUGCUCGACGACGACGAGAAUGUGAUUGUCGAGUACGAGAAGGGCAUGAAGGAGAAGGACAUGGACGAGAAGAAACGGAAGCAUGUCGAGAUGACGGAGCGGAAUGGUGGUGAAGAGGUCAAAAAGGUCAAAGGUGGUUCAAAGGAGUAGUUUUUGUUCAUUAUGAGAGUCGUAAAAAGAUAUUUCCCCCAACUA